AUGACAGUGAAAGAGCAAGAAAGAGCAGAGCGAGAGAGGAAAAGAGAUAUUGAUCAAUAUGAACGUUUGGAUGGAGAUAGAAAUCAGACAACUGAAUCCCUUGCGGUUAUGGAGUACACUAGGACAGCUGAGAGAGAAGCUACACUGAUAAGACCAAUGGCAAUCCUACAAAAGACAAUGGACUAUCUUUUAAACUUGUUGGAUCAAUCUUAUGAUGAUCAAUUUCUUGGUUUAUACAUCUUUUUAUGGGAUAAAAUGAGGGCAAUUAGGAUGGAUCUAAGGAUACAGCAUAUCUUCAAUCUUGGUGCUAUUACCAUAUUCAGCUUCAUAUAAUAGCAAUGAAUGAAUUAUGCCAAUAUACAAAAGGAGAAGGAUUUGCAGAGGGAUUUGAUGCACAUCUCAACAUUGAACAGAUGAACAAAACAUUUGUUGAGUUGUUUCAAUUGUGUGAUGAUCAUAGGAAGAAAGGAAUUGAGGUGCCUACAGAAUAGAAUUUAGAGGUUAUUAUGCACUUCUCAAAUUGGGCAAAUAUCACUGGUGUUUGCUUCCUGUUUCUCCAAGUAUACUCAUCGAUCUUUUUUGUGGACUGCAUACUCAAUCAGGUACUCAUCUUCUCAUUUAUUUGCUUCAUAAUUAGAAUCUAUAAUGGAUAAGAACAGGGACAUAAAAAUAAUUAUGACAGUUGUCGAUUUUUUAUGUUUUACGAUCAUAAUGUGAAAUAAGUUUCCAAAUCAGAUAAAGCACACCUGGUUAAUCUGUUUUGAAAUAGAUAAUCCUUUUUGCAACUUAUUUGAAUAUGCUUUUCACGAAAACAUAUUUAGUGAG